AUGAGUACACUAGAUUCAUUAAGAACUAAUCAAGAGUCAAUAAUCAAUCGCUAUGAAGAAAAAAUCAAGCAAAAAAAUAUCCAAAUAGAAAGUUAUCGCAGUUCUCGGGAUGAACACACUGCCGACCAGUUGCUUCUUCAGAGAAUAUACGGACUUCUUAUAAAAAAAUCAAAACCUAACUCUCGCAUUAUCAUUGACCAAACCAUAACUGAGGAGCAAAAUAAUCUUUUUGGUCCUGAUUACCAAUUAAGAUUAGGUAAUAUUUUAAAAAGUUUGGGAUAUAGAAGUUUAAGACCAACUGGAGGUUCUUGGGCUUUGUCGGAGAAUGCUACUACUUCUGAAAAAACUAAAUACGAAUUGUGCGAAAAAGUAAUUAGAUAUAAACGGCAUAAGCAACUUACUACCGAAAAAUUAGCCCAAAAAGUCCAACUAAGCAAAGCCGAAAUGGAGGAUAUUCUUUAUUGUCGAAUUGACUAUCUUACUCUUGACCGUUUACUCUCCUAUACUGAUAAGUUAUUUGCCCCUGCCCAACUAGAAAUAACUAUCAAAGAGCCAAAACUAAGAAAAAGAAUCAAAAUAACUAUCACUGAUUAUUAUCAGACUAAACCCGGACGGAAAAUGAUUACUCAUGAAUUAAUCAUGAAAUUAGUGAAAACCUUAGAUGGUCGUGAAGCAGAACCCGAACCUAAGAAAAAACCUAGCGACCGAGAAGUCUUUGAAUUGUCAUCCCCAAGAUUAGUUGGUGGUCGCUGUGAAUACGGAGGAGCCCAUAAUUCAAGAGAGGACUGUCAGACUCUUGCUAAAUUCUUUGAAGAUAUUUCAGGAUUAAGAAAUGCUCAAAAGGAUUUAAUAAACUUCAAUAGCCGAGAGGAAUUUGAGAGUAAUAAGCAAACUCUACUUAAUAAAACUAACCAAGCAAUUAGCGGAUUAAAUAUGAAAACAGGAGAUGAUUUUCGCAAAGAUGUAGAGAGUUUAAAAAGAGAUAUAGAAAAUUCUCAAUACGAAGAAGCCCAAGAAUUGGCUCUAAUAGAACAAAAAGAAGGAGAAUUAAAACAGGAAAUAGAAGAGAAUGAGCGAAAAGCAGCCAAUGAGCAUAUUAACGACUUCAUCCAAGGAAUAAAAGACAAAUUGGAUGGCAAGGGAAAACCAACUAGAAAUCCUUUCAGUAGCCCAACUACCCCAAACACCAAUCCUAAUACUAAACCCAAACAACCAGGCA